AAAAAAAUGUUUUCAGUAUUUGAUGAAUCAGGCAUUUUUAUUGCAGCAUGUCGUCAUCGGUUUGUUCUUCUAGCCUGUGACAUGAUCCAGAGCAGGGAAUUGGCAAAAUAUCCACUAGCCAUAAUCAAAAAGCUCCUUGCAGUAUAUGGGAAGAAUGGAGGAUGUGCCUAUGACAUCGGGUGCACAUUUUCGAAGACACUAAGUAAUAGUUCCUUGGGUACACAAGCACAUGAAUUGGACUUUCGGCUCAUGAUGGGCGCAUUUCAUGGACACACUCAUAAUCGUAGAUGCCAGCUCAACUGGCAUCCCAUGUACAUUCCGGGAAUUGGACACACUGAGGGCAAAGGGUGUGAGCAUAUUGUCUCAUCAUCAAAUGAGCUU